GCUAGCUGAGUGACAUAAUUAGUCCCUUCAUGUUUAAGUCGGUCUCGGAGCUUCUAUUUCUCCCAUUUACUCAGAUAGUAGUAAUUGAAUUUUUCAGUUUCAAAUUUCUAUCUUCUCCCAACGAUGUCUCUUUUACAGAGGGUAUCCACAGCAACUUCUCGUCCUGCUUUAAUCUCUUCCCUGAGAACAGCACCUAUUCACACCGCUGCAUCCUCAACGCCGGCGGAACUCGGAAGUUCACAGCCGCCUCCGGCGACGAGAACGUCGAAGUCGCCGGCGCUGCCUAAAGCGGCGGAAUAUGUGAUUUCUAAGGUAGACGACUUGAUGAAUUGGGCCCGGCGUGGAUCCAUCUGGCCCAUGACUUUCGUCCUGGCCUGUUGUGCUGUUGAGAUGAUGCAUACUGGGGCGGCUAGGUAUGAUUUGGACCGAUUUGGUGUUAUUUUCCGGCCCAGCCCGAGACAGUCUGAUUGCAUGAUUGUUGCGGGUACGCUUACCAAUAAAAUGGCUCCCGCCUUGCGAAGGGUAUACGAUCAGAUGCCUGAACCAAGGUGGGUGAUAUCGAUGGGAAAUUGUGCUAAUGGAGGUGGUUAUUACCACUACUCUUACUCAGUAGUAAGGGGUUGCGAUAGGAUUGUUCCGGUUGAUAUUUAUGUACCUGGUUGUCCUCCCACAGCAGAAGCAUUGCUCUAUGGCAUUUUGCAGCUUCAGAAGAAAAUUCAUCGCAGAAAAGAUUUUCUUCAUUGGUGGACCAACUAAGUACUAAUAUAUAUGAUGAUCCUUCAUAUUAUAGUGUGGUGUUUGUCUUUUCAUAUUUGUGUUUUACGCGUACUGUUGUGUGUACUUGGAAUGCAUGUCACUAAAAAGAAACUUAGCUAGGGUGUGGUCCGUGGAUGAAGUCUACCUUUGUAGUGUCGACCUAAAAAAAAGUGAUAGCAGCAUAUUGUGAUCUCUUAUAUAGUAAUUAAAAUGUUAGAAACUGUAUAAUUUGAUGUACUGAUGAUGUGAGUAUACUAGUUCUUUUCAACUAUUUAUUUCUGCUAUUAGAUA